AUGGCGUGGAAAGGAAGCGAGCGGUUGAUGGAUACUAUCCGUCACUAUGCCAGCUUCCCCGCUACGGGCGUGAGUCUGCGCCAGAUGGUCCAGUUUGGCGAGAAGCCGUCGACCGGGACCCUCUUCCGUGCGUCACAAUUCCUUGCCGAGGAGUUGCCCAUCCGACUGGCCCAUCGCGUGCAAGAGCUUCAGACCCUUCCGGACGGGCUCAAUGAGAUGCCCUCGGUGAAGAAGGUGGCGGAUUGGUAUGCACAGUCGUUCGAGGAAAUCACAACAUUACCUCGACCCGACCUGCAAAAGGAAGUGAAGGAGAGGUUGAUGCGGCCGACAAAAUUUGGGAAAGGCACAUUACUGAGCCAGGCGACACCGAACCCGAGUAUCGAAGAAGGGCAAUACAAUUCAUGGGGUGGUACUGCGAACGGGAACGGGAACGGAAGUGCCAACGGGAACGGGAACGGCUGGGGCAAGAACAAGUUCUCCGCUACGAGGAGAUACUUCGCCAUGGUGGACGACACGGGCGAUUGGCCGCCCGAGCUGCAGCUGUACAACAUGAAGUUUUCCCAGGCCCUGCAUCGCAUCAAGAGGCGGCACGACAGCGUGGUUACCACCAUGGCACAGGGCAUCCUAGAGUACAAGCGCAAGCGGCAACGGAUGCAGAUCGACCACAACAUCCAAGCCUUCCUCGACCGCUUCUACAUGUCGCGCAUCGGGAUACGCAUGCUCAUCGGCCAGCACAUCGCCCUGACCGACCAGAACCACUACCGCGACCCGUCCUACGUCGGCAUAAUCUGCACCAAGACCUUUGUCAAGGACCUGGCCCAGGAAGCCAUCGAAAACGCCCGGUUCGUGUGCGAGGACCACUACGGCCUAUUCGAGGCCCCCAAGAUUCAGCUCGUGUGCGACCCAGCCCUCAACUUCAUGUACGUGCCGGGCCACCUGUCGCACAUGCUCUUCGAGACCCUCAAGAACUCCCUGCGCGCCGUUGUCGAGACCCACGGCCAGGACAAGCAAGAGUUCCCCGUCACCAAGGUGAUCGUGGCCGAGGGCAAAGAGGACAUCACCAUCAAGGUGUCGGACGAGGGCGGCGGAAUCCCCCGCAGCGCUAUCCCGCUGGUGUGGACCUACAUGUAUACCACCGUCGACCGGACGCCGAAUCUCGACCCGGACUUUGACAAGAGCGACUUUAAAGCGCCCAUGGCUGGGUUUGGUUACGGCCUGCCCAUAUCACGACUCUACGCGCGGUACUUUGGCGGCGACCUCAAGUUGAUCAGCAUGGAGGGCUACGGCACAGACGUCUACCUCCACCUAAACCGCCUCUCCAGCUCAUCCGAGCCGCUCCAAUAG